GGGCAGAGAGCAGUGGUGAGGAGAGAAAAGGCAGGACAGAGAGAAUCUCCCGGGAGAUGCAAAAUGAGCUCCUGGAUUGCUAGGACUAGUGGUGACACGCGCCAGACAAAGGACCUGCUAUUCUAUAAAUGAGGCGGCCAGGACCAGCACCAGGCUGACUCCAUCCAGCGAGAGCAAGCUCUGCGGCCAGGCACGGCGAGAGCUGCCUGGGAAGGAAAAGAGGAGACGUCCGAUCUUGCUGUCCCUUCACCUGCUGACCAGGUUUGACGAGCUGCAAGCACCUGCGACCAGAAACCGCUGUGGGAAUGACAAGGAAGAUCUUCACCAACACCAGGGAGCGAUGGAGGCAGCAAAAUGUCAACAGCGCCUUUGCCAAGCUGCGGAAACUCAUUCCCACCCACCCGCCCGACAAAAAACUGAGCAAGAACGAGACGCUGCGGUUAGCCAUGAGAUACAUCAACUUCCUCGUCAAGGUCCUGGGAGAGCCCGGCCUGCAGCAGACGGCAGCGGCAGCGCGAGGCAGCCUCCUGGGCUUCUUCCAGCAAGCCCCGCGCCUGCAGAGCAUGGAGGAGCUGGCUCUGAUUGAGAACUGUGGCGUCUCCUCUCCUGGCGUGAGCGGCAGUAUUGCAGAGUGCUGCUGGUCAGAGACCUCGUCUCCUUAGCAGACGAGAAAUUGGUGUUAGU